GCAAAAACUUAAUCCUGUUCAACUACAAAACCUAGAGAGAAGAAAAGGAGAAGUGACUUGCUUCUUCUUCUUCUUGUGAAAAUGGGUACUUUUUUCUCUAAACAGGUGGAACGAAGAAAAGCAAUUCGCACUCAGAAAAAACUUUUAUAUGAUCUCAAGGAAAAAAAUAGCACUGAUUUCCCUGGUGCAGAUUAUCGCGUGGAAGACAGAAAAAAUUGGAUGUCAACACUUGCCCCGGGAAAACUCCACCUGAACAAGAUAAUUUGGCCUGGUACCCAUGAUUCUGCAACUAACAAAAUUGGGAUUCCAUUUAUUUCUCGCCCCUUCGCUCGAACCCAAUCUCUAUCCAUUUACAAACAGCUGGUAAUGGGCACUCGAGUUCUUGAUAUUCGAGUUCAAGAAGAUCGCCGUGUGUGUCAUGGCAUCCUUCUUUCUUACAACGUUGAUGUUGUGAUUAACGACGUCAAAAAAUUUCUGUCGGAGACAGAAUCAGAGAUCAUAAUCCUUGAGAUCCGAACAGAGUUCGGACACGAAGAUCCACCGGAAUUCGAUAAAUACUUAGAAGAUCAGCUAGGGGAGUAUUUAAUCCACCAAGAUGACUCUGUUUUUCAAAAAACAGUAGCUGAAUUAUUGCCCAAAAGAGUAAUUUGCGUAUGGAAACCAAGAAAAUCUCCACAGCCAAAACAUGGUAGUCCAUUAUGGAGUGCAGGGUAUUUAAAAGAUAAUUGGAUUGACACUGAUUUACCUGAAACAAAAUUUGAGAGUAAUAUGAAGCAUUUGAGUGAACAACCGCCGGUAACAUCUCGGAAAUAUUUUUAUAGGGUGGAGAAUACGGUGACGCCUCAGGCGGAUAAUCCGGUUGUGUGUGUUAAACCGGUGACGAACCGGAUUCAUCCAUAUUCAAGGUUGUUUAUAACUGAAUGUAUUUCUAGAGGUUAUGGUGAUCGGUUACAGAUAUAUUCUACUGAUUUUAUUGAUGAAGAUUUUGUUGAUGCGUGUGUUGGACUUACAAAUGCAAGGAUUGAAGGGCAGCUCUGAAGUGAAAGUCUUAUUUUUUCUGUUACAUAUUGUUUCAAUACUAUGAGAAUUAUCAGUUGUGUGUUUUAAUUACCACUUGUUAUACCAUGUAAAAAUUGUUUGAUUUGAGAUUUUGUGUGUUAGUUAAAUUGCGUGUAAAUGAAAUUACAGAUAAGUUGAAGGGGAGGCUUGCGGUGGCGAAGCUA